CGCGCUCAAUGGUGUAGAUCCACAAUUUUUCUUCGGCUUCGAUUUUUUUUUUACGCGGCACACGCGCGCACUCGUCGUACUUCCUAUUCGUUUAUCCUUGGAUCUACCAUUGUCCGCCUGAUCGAUUGCAAUUAAGUCUCAGUGAAAAUAUUGGAAAAUACAUGCGUAAACGCGUAAAAAUUAUCUCGAUUUUAAGACGUGCCAUUGCGUUAAUUGUCUCUCUCGAGGAAAGUCUAACGGUUGCUCUAAACGACCCUUCAUUGCGUGCAAGUUUCCAGUGAGAUUCGUUCUACAUCCACAUCGGAAUGAAGUGUUCCUUCUUGAUCUUGCUGUUGUCCGCCUUCCUCGGCCAGUAUAUCAUCGUUUCUUGGCCGAAGCAGAACGUGUGCCCUGUCGUACGGUUGCAAAACGGGAAUACGCGCGUUAGGGCGAGAGGUCGGAUUAUGAGGUACGACUGUUUCGAGGGAUACAUCCUCGUGGGCAACAGAUACGCCUCGUGUGUGCAUGGCGCCUGGGACACACCUGUUCCCGUGUGUGUGAGCACAAGAUGCGCUCCACCGCCAUCACCGGCUCACACGUUUGUGGUCUCAAAAUUGGACGGCGGGAUAUUGAUGUUCUUUUGCGAGCCUGGUUACAGGCUGGUCGGCUCGUCCGAGAUAUACUGCAACGGACGUAAUUGGAACGAGACGACUCCUUCUUGUCGAGACUCGGACGUACCUGUGCCAACGAAGUGUGACUUCGAGAGCCCGGAUCUCUGCUUGUGGGAACAGGACCCGCAUCACGAUUUCGACUGGAAACGUCACAAUUUCGGGACGCCGAGUUUCCACAUCGGUACCGGUCCGUCGCAUGAUCAUACUCUGGGAGUCGGAAACGACGGCCACUAUCUUUACACCGAGGCAUCCGGACAACUGGUGAACGAUACGGCAAGAAUCAUAUCUCCGGUAUAUAAUUCUUCCCUGACCGAGUCGGGAUGUUUUUCGUUCUGGUAUCACAUGUAUGGCGCGACGAUCGGUAGGUUAAAUAUAUAUUUCAAGCUAGCGGGAAAUACCACGUGGCUCUUGAUGUUCAGUAAGGAGGGAAAUCAGGGGAAUAAUUGGUACCGAGGUAUCUUCGAUCUGCCGAAAGCCAACUCUAGCUUUCAGAUUAUUAUAGAGGGUAGGCGUGGUAUCACCUAUGUGAGCGACAUCGCGAUAGACGACGUAGCUAUUUUACAAGGAAACGAGUGUAUCGUUAAAAACAAUUCCACUAACACAACUGUGAGCAACGACGAUCAAGUCGAGGUGGUCAACGCACAACAAACCUGUCGAGGUAGAUGUGUUUAUUCCAUGACGGAGACUACUACCACUCCCAAAUUCGGGCCGGAGAGUUGUCAUUGUACGUUCGAUUGUGCGGAACGUUCGAUUUGUUGCCCGGAUUACGAGGAAUACUGCACUGCAGUGUUCACCACUACCGAAUUGGUUAUGACGACACCCUUCGAAAUCAAAAUGACGACUUCCACGAUUCGACAAGUGACAACUCGGAGGCUGUACAAUACAAGCAGUACGAACACUCCAUUCCACAAACCUGGGCAGGUCCCAAUUUAUAACAAUCCGAAGGAUUACAUCGACCUAAAUAUGUCGAAUUCAUCUUCGAUGACCACGCGAAAACCCAUCGUGACCACAAUACCGAUCAUGCGUACAACUACAAAAUUGCCGAAACGGAUGACGACACCGUCCACUAGACGAAAUCAGACGGAAACGAGGGAAACUCCUUUCGCACCGAAUAUCAUGACGACGGAACGUGUGAAAUUGCACGUUCGCUUUGAACCGCACAGCGAAGAACAGAAUCCGGAAAAAGUGAGACACGACCGUAGAUUCGAUCCGCUGCUCGUCGGCAUUGUGAGCGCGACUGUAAUCGUGUUCUCCUUGACGCUCGUAAUCGUUACGAUUGUCAUCAUCAGGAGGAGGAAGACUUACAAGAGAGGAAGCAGCUCGGCGCUCUCGGAGGACAGCGACGUGCGUUUCCUCACGUCCGACGAGAUUCUCGACUUCAAUUUAGCCCGACCUGCCGAAAACGAGGAAAUGUAGUCUCACGUUGGAAAAAAUAUCUCCCUCAAAUUGUGCCAAAUUGAAUCGAUUCUUCGCAAUCGAGUGGUCGAACUGACGAAUUUGUUGAGCCAACCGAAAGCCGAGGAAAUCCUUACGCGCAGAAAAUAAUCGCGGCUGUAUGGUACGUUGUGUGUCCGAAAACUCUUGCCUCUAGUUUCUUCCUAGAGAAGCCUAACGUGUCUUUAUUAUGAGAUAUUUUAUACCAAUAGAUUACAAAAAUAACUGAUAUAACUAUCUUGCAAACUUGCCGCAUCAUUGUACAUGAUUUCUCUUUGAACGUCUAUCUUCGGGGACUUCGUGUAUCCGUAAUUUUAACACGCUCAGUACAAAACAACAGAUAUUGAUUUAUUUGCAAGAAACCUUAAAAAACCGUUCAAUAUGAUACACGUAUUUGAUAUAUAUCAAUAAUAAAUUAUUCUAUAAAAGCGCGAGGGGCUACUUCAGUAAGGUUCUUUUUUGUCUUUCAUAGUUUACCAAAAGCAUUUUGUACAAAUCGAGUUCUCCGGAAAAGGUUCUCUGUUUCAACCACGAGCGUUCAAUUUUCGUAGCAAGAAGUACGUUUAAUUUCAGUGCGAUACGACCUGAUUUUUUGAUAACGAAGGUAGCUCUUAAAAAAUUAACCGACAUCGGUGUCGCUCGAUAUGUUAUUCAGGACGUGAAACCCGCGCUCGCGAAUGUCGUGUCGAUUGAUUUCACUCUGCGAAUACCGUCAUUGCCGAAAUACGCGUGUUGAAGCACGUAGUCUCGACGGCUCGUCUAGACGCCUCAAGACUUUGUCGACGACUCCUGAAGUCACUCAAGACGCAGUUAAGACGCGUCUAUCGUACAUUGUACCGUGUAAGACUGGAUUUGAAACGACCCGCAUUUGCGUAACCGUAUCCGGCGGAACGCCGGUUUAUUUUCGCGAUUUCCCACAAAAUCCUCCGAGUUGCACAUAACUCUCAUAAAAGGCACCCGCUAAUGUCGAUGUUCGAUGAAUUAUUUAUAGCGUUGCUUUGUAGUCUCGACACGCGAGCGCCUUUUUUCUUUUGUGGUGAACCUCACAGGUUUGCGGAUGUCGCGUGAAACGUCGCUUUCCUCCCGGGAGAGAGCGUCGGGAGAGAAUACAAUGCCGCGUGGAUAUCGAACUCGGUACACGGUCGAUUUGUCGGCGGCGCGCAAUUUCGACCGUGCGCGUUUCACAUUCUGGCGCGCGAUUGAUUCGGACAUUUAUUUUACGACGCUCCGCCCGAGUGAACGGAAAGGGAAAUUGCGAAGGGAGGCGACGCCCGAGCAUAGAUGCCAUGUUUCUAUAGGCUGCGCGAAAAUUCAUGCAUAUUUUUUCUCUGAUAUUUAAUAUAAUUUAAUACGUGGCGUCUCGAAUGCCUUCAGGUUUCGAAGUAACCUUGAAAUAAAGCUCGAGAUCAAUCAAUUGGAGUGAUAUCUUUUGCUCGCAGCCGUGGAUCGCUCGAGAUCCCUUAUUGAUAUUUCAUUUUCAUUAUCUACGAUCGAAUAUUUCCCAAUUUUCGCAUGAACAAUCUCUCACACUAGUACUGAGAAUGAAUCAGAGUCAUACCUGACACAGACUAAACGAUACUCACACGGAACAACGUGUUCAUUUAUCGAAUCGCAAUUUAAAAAAAAAUGUUGAUAGGGCUGAAUUCUAUUCCGAGGCGAACUGUCUAUACGCGUUUCGGUGCAGAUGUGACUUUCAUUAGAUGCGGACCGAAUUUCCAUUUCCAUGCUAAUAUCCUGGCACAAAUGGCCUGUCAGUUUCCGGCGUUGCACUUGCGAGACGUGAAAGCACGUCUUACCGUCUCGAACCGCGAACUAACCACGUCGCUACCCUCAGCCAGCCGGCGGGGUCGCAAAAUAUUGAAAAUAAAUGAUGCCGCGCGACCGGUCUUCGUGCGCGUCUCGGUGAAAUUUCGCGCCUGUUCACGUUUGCUUGCGAAAGCUCCGUCGCGCUCUUACUCAGACACUUUCUACGCCGAUUACCGAAUUGUCGUCGCGUGUCGGCUCCCACUUCGUCCGUCGUGGAUUUAGGCUUAGGCUCGCGAGGCUCGUGAGAUCCAAGCUUUUUUUUGUGCAGCGAAGGAGAAUAUGUACUUAAAGAAAUAAAGAAUUUAUGUUUUGUUCUAGGAUGGAGAAAAAUCGAAUAAAGAGUUAGAAACAAUGAGACUGUGAUUAUUCGAUAUAUUCUAACAAACAAAUCCAUAUCUGUCAUCUUUUAAUUAAAAUAACGAU